AGAAGAAGAAGAAGAAGAAGAAGUCGUCGCUUGCUAAUGCCAUAUUUUCCCCGCGACAUUCAAGUGUAGCUGGUGAGCUACGAGUAAACAGCUCUUCUUCCGCCAGAAUGCUCAAAAAGAAAUCAAGCAGCGCUGAAAAGAAAAGGAAACACUCGCAGUCUGAAGAGCGACAUGAGAGCAAUAAACGCAAAAGUGCGGAGUCCAACAUGGAGCAGGACUCCAAGGAUGAACUCGCUGACGCUGAGCUGGACAGGAUUGGCAGUGACAUUGAGGACGGGGGACUUGACCUCAGCCUGCCAUUCCAGCCCAUCACUGCCUAUGUCGGUGACAAGCGGGAGAUGCUGGAGCAGUGUUUCCACGUGCUGGGGGACAAGAAGUUACGGAAAAUGCUGCCUGAUGAACUCAAGGACUGUAGUUUAGAGGAAAUCAAAAAGCUGUGCUGGGAGCAACUGGAGCCGAUCUCAGAGAAAAAUCUCACUCAGAUCUUAGCAGGGGAAGAACUGACAUCUGGAAAUGGUGAUGAACACACAGAAGAGACCUUGGAAAGCCAGCAAGACAAUAAUGUGGAUUCUACAUCUUGUCACAAAGAAACUGCAAAAACUGAGGACCCUAAGCAAGAGGGUGGUGGUUCAGGCGAGGAAAGUGACGUCCUGAGCAUAAACGCAGACACUUAUGAUAGUGACAUAGAGGGACCCAAAGAGGAGCAGACUGUUAAAGCCGUGGAGGGGCCGGUGAAGGUAGCAGACAGCAGCAGGGAAGGCACAGACCCACCUGUAAACCCCGACACAGCAAAUCCUGAACCUCCCACUGCCUCUCAACCACCAGAGGCAAAGAAAGACAUCCAAAGCGACAUAGACAAAAGCGUCAGCGAAAUCUUAGCGCUUUCGGACACCUCGAGCAAAGAGGCGGCUAAAGAGGUAGAGAGCGUACCUCCGCUGUCGACGGAUGUCAGUUCACCUGUUCAGGACGGACCCGUUUCGAGUCGCGCGCCUGCAACGUGUCAGCCGUCUAUUCAGCAGCUGGAGCUUCUGGAGUUGGAAAUGAGGGCGAGAGCCAUCAAGGCCCUGAUGAAAGCUAGUGAUGGGAAAAAGCCCAGUGUAACAAAAAAUGUUUAAUAUGUUUUAUUUGUUAUUCUUGUUAUGGUUUAAUGGUUUAUACUAAAUAAUUCAGCUACUUUUAAGCCCUAGUUUAUUGUUCUUGUGCCAUUCAAACCAUGUUCUUAUUACUCCAUAUUGGAGUGAUUUUACAGAUUAUUUCAUGUAAAAUCCAACAUAUAAAGGCCUGUGCUAUACCUACUGAAUGAAUGUUUUCUGGGGGGGGGGGAUUAACGUAAUGGUAUUUUCAAAUGUAAUUUUCUCUCUGGUCACUAGAUGGCAGUGUUAACCUGCCCCAGCACAGCCAUGGUAAUGUGUCUGAUCUGUGCAGAGGAGAGCAAGGGAUGAUUUAUUUGCUCACAUUGCAGUCAGAAGGCAGCAUGAAAGUCAGGUUUUCUUAGUAAUGAUGUUAUUUAGUAAUGCGGUUAUGGUAAAAAUUGGUGAUGUAAGUUCUCCUUGAGUCAAUUUUGGAGGAUUUGAGAAUAUCAGAAAGAUAUAUUUUAUAUGUAGGCUGGAAUUUGCCAGGCAAAGUAGGUGGCAGCAGUGUUGUAGUGUCUUUUACAGUAGACACACCUGAGAUAUUUCCUCACUGAACACCUGUCUGACUUGUCAGGCUGGAAUAUGUAAUUCCAUGUACUGUCAUCUCUAAACACCAGGUUAAAUGGAUAUCUGAUCUUCAAAGAGAACAAAACAA